AUGUCCGACCAAACGCCUAUCACACCUCUGAGUGAAACCGGGGUCACUUUCGUUAAGGCCAGCACACAAGAUAUAGACAAAACGAUGGAUACCUGCAUUGCGUCAGACAGUUUCGAGGAAUACAACGUGGACGAGUCCGGAGAGAUGGACGUGAUUGCCGCGAAUGCUGCAAAUGAAAAGCCCGUGGACUCUCACAAUGGCAUCCGAGAUGCCGUGAAUGAUUUCCUCGCUCGCUGCAAUUUCUCUCUCCCCGUCACACAGUACGAUCGCGAUUUCCACAACUCUUGCUGCGAUGUGGCCAGAGGCAAGGGUUAUCCCGUAGACUCUCCUUCUCUCCAACCGUUUAUCCCCGGAGGCGUCGUCAUGGCCACAACCACCUACGCGCAUCUCCAGAACAAAUCCACUAAGAUUCUAAUCGCCCUGUAUACCGCAUUCUUGAUAUAUAUUGACGACGUCUACCAGCAUGACGUGGAAGGCAUCGGCUGCUUCAACGAGCGGUUCAUCUCGUGCCAAGCUCAGGAUGAUCCUGUCCUCGAUGCUUUGGGUUCUUUGCUUCGGGAAUUUCAUCAACACUUUGGACGAGCCGCCUCCAACAUCAUGAUAACUUCCACUUUGAAUUUUAUGACCUCUUUGCUGUUGGAUCACGAAACGCAGGGUAUGCCGGUAUCUCCGAAAGCGCUUGAUUAUCCCUAUUUUUCCAGAGUAAUGUGCGGUACCUCCGAAGCCUACUCUCUGUUUGCGUUCCCCCCCGAAAUUCCCAUGAAAUUCUACAUUCAGGCGCUUCCAGAAAUAAUGAAGUUUUUCAAUAAUGGAAACGACAUACUUUCAUUUUACAAGGAAGAAUUGGCUGGCGAAUCAAUCAACCACAUCUCUAAUAUGGCAAAAUGCCAUGGGGUAUCCAAAAUUGAAAUCCUUCGACGACUAUCUGAAGAGGUGGCUACGUGUCACUCGAAAUCACUUGAAAUACUUUCGCCAUACCAGGAGGCACUUGCUGCCUACACCAAAUUUAGUCAGGGGUUUAUUGUGUUUCACGCUUCACUCGCUCGUUAUCGCUUGAGCGAAUUGUUCUCCCACAAUGCAUAG